AUGACCAAGGUAUUCGUUACAGGAGCUACUGGGUUUAUCGCUCAACAUAUUAUUAAACUUUUGUUAUCCAAAGAGUAUGAAGUUGUUGGAACAGUUAGAUCUGCAUCAAAAGGUGAACAAAUGAAAUCAAUGAUGUCACCAACAGACAACUUCACUUAUGAAAUUGUUUCUGAGUUAUCUGCUUCAGAUGCAUUUGAUGAAGUUUUGUCAAGACAUAAAGAUAUCCAAUAUUUAUUCCAUGCUGCAUCACCAUUGACAUUUGAUACCGAAGAUCCAGAAAAUGUUAUUCUCAAACCAGCAAUCAAAGGAACAGAAAAUAUCUUAACUGCAGCCCUGACUCAUUGUCCAGAUUUAAAACGCGUUGUUCUCACAUCUUCCGAUGCAGCAAUGUAUUCUAAUGAAGAUGAAACAAAUCCAGAGUUAUCUUUUAAUGAAGAAAGUUGGAACAAUACGAAAUACGAGGAUGCAAAGAAAGACAAUGUCACUGCAUACUAUGCAUCCAAAGCAUUUGCAGAGAAAUUUGCAUGGGAGUUUAUCAAGAAUAAGAAUCCACAAUUUGAUUUAGUUGUGGUUAAUCCUUCCUGGGUUUUUGGUCCUAAAGCAUAUGAUUUUGAUCCAAAAAGAUUCAACAGCUCAAAUGAACUUAUCGAUGAUGUACUCAAAUUAAAUCAUGGUAACAAUUCAACAUUUGAGAAUUCUUCUGGUGGAUAUAUUUCUGUGAAUGAUAUUGCUAAAGUUCAAGUGUAUGCGAUAGAAUCCAAUGACUUGGUUAGUAAGAGGUUGUUAAUGACAAAUGGAUAUUUUACAACACAAUUGUUACUUGACAUCGUUAAUGAAAACUUCCCAGAAUUGGAUCUACCAAAGGGGAAUCCAGGAACAGAACAGGAUGAGUUCAAGAAAUUAGCCAAAGUCAACAAUGAUGUAACUAAGAAGCUUUUGCCAUGGGAGUUUGAAUCAUUAGAGAGCAUUGUUGUUUCUACUGUUGAACAAAUAUUGAAAGCUAGGAAAGAAGCGAUUAAUGAAGCAAAAUUAUAG